GUGUUUGAAUUGGGUGCCCCCAAAGUAGGGAAAUAAUUGAAAAUGAAGAAAAGCUCCAAGUUGGUAUGCUUUCCAUUGUCAUGAAGCAAUAAGCAUCCACAUCUUACAUCUAGCUAGCAUUAGCAAGCUACUUCUCUGCCUCUCACCUUCUCUUCUCAUCUCUCUCCAAAACAUGGGUUCUGCCUCUAGUAGACUUGGUCCUCGCCCUUCUAAUUCUAGUCCCAGGGUCAACCGCUUCAGACUUUCGUCUCUUCUAUGUGGCUCCUCCACCUCUCGCUCCAUUUAUCAGAUGGAAGAACAUUCAUCUGAACUCCAGGUUGAUUCAGCGAGAGAUAUUAAUGGUGUAAUUCAGAAAGUCACUGAGGAAUCAUCUCUAUCAUAUACAGAAGGUAGAAUUAGCUGCAGUCCCCGUGCUGAAACUGCAACACCAUCUGAUACGAGAGCUGAGUUCUCUGGGAAUACUAGUGUUGAAGGUUCUUCUAGAAACAUAACAAAUAGUCAGAGGAACUGCUUGUCUGAACAUGAGGAGCUAGUUCCUCCUUAUCAGGUAAGUGCUGGUCAUAGUGGUCAUGAAUCACGUAGUGAUAGUAGCAACACAGCUAGUACUUCAUUUGUAGAACAGCAGUCUUCAGAUCCAGUCUCUGUAAAUGUUUCUGCUAACAAGGAUGUAGUCAAUGAUGUUAAUGAUCCAGUGGUUAGUGGUGUCUCUCAAGUCUCCCAUGAGACAAUGCAUCCAAGAAGUUCAACUCCUCAAGAGCAUGGGAAUUUUGGUUCUGGUGAAAUUUCUGUUGAGAAUCACACUAGUGCAUUCAUAUCUAUCCAAAAUUCUUCCAACCCUGUUACUCAAGUGCCAGAAGAUGAGCCUCGUCGCGAAACAAUACCUUCAGGUUUAGGUAUUCUUGUGUCCAAUCGGGAAAGAGGGCCUGGAAAUGAUAGUGUGCUUCAAGUUGACGUGGUCACAAUAUCUUCUAACAUUUUGUCUGGAAGCAGUGCUGAUGCCAUUGAUCAUGAUGCCAGAAGAAAUGGUAGAAGAUUAUUUUGGGAUGCUUUUUCACGACGUAGUUCCAGAAGGCUUGGUGAUUCUCCAACCAUUGUCUUCUCUACUGGAGGUGCUGAUGAUCCCGGAUCUCAGGAUCGAUGGCUAGUUGAUUUUGGUAGUGAUUUGUCAAAUGACGGGGUUGGAGGUGCUUCUGGAUAUAUGGGCAGUAGAAUUCACAGGUUUAAUGAACGAAUGCGGCACUCAAGAUCUGAGAUCUGGGAAAGGCUUCGUGGUGGCUUUGAUGAGAUUGGUCGGUGGAAUUCAUGUCCUUUAGGACUCCAUGCAGAUGGCAUGUGCUCAUGCGAGUCUUCCCCAAUGGCUGAAGAAUCUAGCACUCGAGCAAGUAUUUCAAGAAUAGUAAUGCUGGCUGAGGCUUUGUUUGAGGUUUUAGAUGAAAUCCAUCGGCAACCAGGAUCGCUGUCUCUGUCGAUGGUCUCACUCCCUGCACCUGAAUCAAUUGUUGAUUCCUUCCCUCUGAGAUCUCACAAAAAGGUUGAUGUAGUUGAUGGAGGCAAUGAUGUUGAACAAUGUUAUAUAUGUCUGGCGGAGUAUGAAGAAGGUGACCAAAUACGAGUUCUUCCUUGCUUCCACGAGUAUCACAAGUCAUGUGUUGAUAAGUGGCUUAAAGAAAUACAUGGUGUAUGUCCUCUGUGUCGUGGCAAUGUCUGUGGAGGAUUCACAGAGUCUUCUGCCCACUCAGAGGUGCAGUCUCAUUGACAUUGUGUACAUAUAAUGUAAAUAUUAAAAUUUAGACUAAACUAUUUGGGUCCUCUAAAGUUACACUUGACAUCACAUUGGUCUUUCAAAUAUUGGUGUCAUCAAAAUGGUUCAUACUAAAUGUCACCGAAAUUCUUUAAAAGAAUAAUUUGACAUCACAAAUUUUUAAAAGACUAAAUUGAUAUGAAAAUGUAUCUUUGAAUA